GGCGUUGUGAUAUAGCAAUAUGGCGACGUGUUUGUGCAGUGUUUGCAUGGAGUUUUUUUCCUUCCUCCAUGAGUGUUUGUUUUCGCCAUGGGAGGAACGAAAAAAAGCUCCGUGGCUAUGUUAGAAUCGAAGUACUCGAAGCUACAUUUUGUGAAUGACAGGCCUCACAACCGCCAAAACGCGCCAGUGUGGACAUUUUCUCAUUAAGGCAUGCUUGUGUCGCGUCUACGAAUCGCGAAAACAUAGCGAGGCAGCGAGCGUUCGCAAACACAAUCACUUGGUCGCUACUUGAGCGAAGUUUACCAUCGUUUUGCGAUUUAUCGGGUGGCAUAUCCGCUUUGGUGUCAUUCCACUGCGUUGGUAGUUAAACGAAGAUAUUAAUAAGAUGUCUGAAGCUGUGUGUGGCUCAAGCGACCAUCAAGAAGCAUCGGGUCUAUGCGUCGAUAGUGCUGUACGAAAACGGCGCCAGCCUCGUAAGGACUAUGCUGUUCUCUCAAAUCCUCCGCUUGAUGGUGUCACUGACGAAGAUACGUCCGACGAUGAUACGUUACACGAUCCUGACGUUUCGGACUUGGACGAGCACCGCAAAGGCAAUUCCGCUCGCCAUCGGCGUUCCUGCAUCUUCACCUGCGUCAUCUGCUUCGCCGAUGCAGAUGACAAGCGCUCCCACCUGGACCACCUCGCUUCGGCACAUCCGACUCUGAAGACUCACUGCCUCGCGUGCGAGUCUCAAUACGACACCUACCCGGACUACACGCAACACCUCCGCGACUACCACCCGCGGGUAUCGCAGUCCAUCGAUGAGGCAGAAGGCGGCGGCACCAAGCACAGUCUCUACUGCCUCGAGUGCGGCAAGAUGUUCGACAAGAGGUCUUACCUUUACCAGCACCGGGCGCAACACUUCAUGCUGAAUCGCAUCCCGUGUGAUGUGUGUGGCAAGUCGUUCCUGGAAGGAGCCAUGAUGGAGCGGCACUUGGAGACGCACAGAGAGCCGACGCACAAAUGUUCACGCUGCCAGCGCACGUUUCGGAGCGCUGUCGGCUUGGCCAGGCAUGAGCGAGCGCACAAGCGGCACAAGCAGUUCUGCCCGGUUUGUGGCACCUUCUACCAGACAGCAAUUGCACUGGAGGUCCACAUUUGCACCUGGCACCGAGACCGGGAAGACCGGCAUUGCUGCUCCCUGUGCCACAAGGAGUACAGCAAUCCAGACUGUCUUCGCCAGCACAUGACGCACAAGCACGGCAGCGAGAUGGGCGGCGAGCCAUCAUUCUCCUGCCACAUCUGUGACCGUCGCUUUAGAUGGAAGUCAAGCCUGAAGAUGCAUGCUAAGCUUCAUGAAGCAAUGGACAGCACUGCCAAUGUCAAGGUGUUCAAGUGCAAAACGUGCGGGCAGAUAUGUCCCAGCCGGUGCUCUCUCAAGGCUCACAUGAUCAAACAUAGUGAUCGAAGGCAGUUCCCCUGUGACAUUUGCGGUAUAUCCUUCAAACGCAAAUAUGCCCUUAAAGAGCACUGUCAAGCAGUGCACUGUAGUGAGAAGAACUUUCAGUGCAGUGCCUGUGGUCAGACCUUUGUUGUGAAGCGCUACCUGGACGCACACUUCAAGCAGGCACACAUACCAGGCCCACAAUCAUUUACAUGCAGCGAUUGUCCAAAGGUCUUUAAGACAGAAAAAAGCCUCAAGUCCCACUGGCGCUCCUGCCAUGGUGACAUCCCAAAAGACCACAUCUGUGAAAUCUGCACUAAAGCGUUUGCAUCGUUCAAAGACCUCAAGCGACACGCUCUCAUUCAUGGUGGUGACCGGCAGUAUGAGUGCAAGGACUGUGGCUCUGCCUUCUACAGGGUGGACAACCUGAGACGUCACCAGAAACAGGCCUGCAAGUACAGGGACCUUUGAGUGUGGUUCCACUGAACUAGAGUGCUGCUCUUUUGUUUAUGUCGUUUAACUUUGAUUGAAGAACACAUGAGUGAGUGCCAUUUAACCUUACUUUGAAGAUAAACUCUUUUCCGCGUGUAAGUGUGGCCUGAGGAUGAGGUGACAUAGGUUGGAACAGUCCUUUUCAUUGAACAUGAGGGCAUUUAUGAAGUUCAUAGUGUCAGGUCUGUGUCCUCAUAUUUUUCCAGAAACAUGGCAUCUCUGUUGUUGCUGUUAAGGCAUAAGCUGAAAUAAAUUUUUUACUGAGCGUGUAUAUAUACUGUGUACAGCAGCAGAGUUGCAACAGCAGGCCUGAAUAUGUGUAUAUAAUAUGUACAGCUGCACGGUUGCAACAGCAGGCCUGAAACAGUAAAGGACCAGAUACUGUAAUCUCUGAGCCAGAGUACUGACAGUUGGGCUAUGUGCACAGUAUACCCUAAAAGACAGCAUACAUCUCUUCUGGGUUGCUUGAUAUACCAGAACGAGCAUGUUUCAGGUGGAGGUUGCCUGGCACGAAAUAAGAGUUCCAGAGGAGAAACUAAUCUUGCUUGCAGUCACAGUCCAUCUAGAGAAAGGCUGAAUACUGACACAUCACAUGACUGUUAUAAAAAUGCUUGAGCCCA